UACGUUUUAUGGCUGUGUAAUAAAAUAAUAAUAAAAAUGUGUAUGGAAAAUAUUUUUUGACGACACAAUGCACAGGAGCAACGCCGCGAAUAUUAAACCGACAUUCGAAACGGAUUAUUAUGGGGUAUUAGAGUUGAAUAGAGAUUGCGAUGACUUGGAAAUAAAAAAAGCUUUCCGUCGUCUGGCAAUACGUCAUCAGAAUCCCUCGAGACAGAGGAAUGAGAAUAUUAAAGAAGUUUUAGCUCUGAUAGCCGAAGCGUACGAAGUCCUUUCGGAUCCUCUCAAGCGAGCUAUCUAUGACCAGUACGGUGAGACGGGUUUGAAAAGAGGAAUCUCAGGACCAAAUGGCCAUAUACCGCCCUACGUAUUCCACGGGGAACCGCAACGUACUUUUAGAAAUUUUUUUGGAACGGAUAAUCCUUACGGUGAUUUGGUUAAUAUUCUCAGUGACCCUCAGACAAUGGAAAUUAUUUGUAAAAUGCAUACAGCAAAUAAAGUCAAAGGUGAACCUAUUAAGAAAUCUCUGUUGUUGACAUUACGAGAAGUACUUAUUUAUUUUAUAUUUUUAAAAAGUUUGUUUCUAAAAAUGUUAUUCAUGUUUGUAUGUAUUUUUGAGAUAUUUUUUGGCGGUGUAAAAGAAGUCAAAAUAAAAAAAAAGGUAUUUGUAGACUCGGAAAAAAUGAAUACAGUUUUUAAAGAAGAAAUUAUUUCAAUACCUAUAAAACCGGGUCUUCCGACAGGAACGGAAAUUGUUUUUCGGGAAAAGGGUGAUGAAAGCGUUGAUAGAUUACCGGCGGACAUAAUAUUUGUCACUGAAGACAGCCCUCACGAAAUAUUCCGAAGAGAAGGUGAUAAUUUGUUAAUGACGGUUGAAAUUUUUUUAAAGGAUGCACUUAUUGGUACUGUUGUUACUGUAAAUACUGUAGACGACAGAACUAUUCGUGUGCCGAUAACAUCGAUAAUAACGCCAGACUAUCGGAAAUGCAUACCCAACGAAGGACUGCCCCUCGUAAAAAAUAUAAAAGAACGCGGUGACCUUGUAAUAAAUUUUAAAAUUGAAUUCCCAGUUUAUUUACCGAUCGCAAGUAAACAAUAUAUUGAAAAAGCUUUCGAAAAAACUAAUCAAGAAAAUAAUAACAGCAAUAAUGAUAAUGAUAAAUAUUCAGACAAAUUUUUUUCAUCCAAUCGAUCACUAAAAAGUAUCGAUGAUAAUAUUCCAAUUCGUAAAAAUACAAGUUAAAUUUUUUUAUCAAUUUAAUUAAUUGUGUAAAUCAAUAAAAAGUUAUGAAAAAAUUUAUUUAAGAAUUUUUAUCUCAAUUAAUUCAAGAGUUUAAAAUAGUGUAGAGUAGAG